GUUGAUCAACGUUCAACGACUUGGCACGUACAUAGGACUCAACAUGCCGCCAAGUCUCCAGAGUGUGUAUACACUUGAGCGUUGCAGCGUCUCUCCUCCAGUUGUACAAGAAAGUUGGCAAGUCUUAUACUAAAUGGGUGUUUCCUCCCGCGAAGCUAGGUGCGGCUUUCAAGUACCAUGUUGAGAUGUCCUUCUCCCGUCUCGUUCCGCUUCUCUCCUAUGCUGUCAGAUCCCUGUGCCAGUCCAAUCUGUUGGUUAGGCUGCACCCGAAGUGCCCCGGUCUUGAGGGUUGCUUCUCGCAAGAUGACAGGCCUGAAGCUGAAGGCCUGAUGUCUGCCUCGUUUCUGUCUACCAUUUGUACUAGCGAGAUGUGCUCCAAGGAAAUUCACGAUGUCUCCUAGCUUCAAGAUCCUACGCGUCACGAACGCCACGCGAACCGUAGCAUGAGGUUCCUAUUCCCGCAAGGGUCAUGCAGGUUGCUGUUCACUCACGAGUAUGAAGUGGAGUAAUUCUGUCGUUAUCCGCGUUAUCUGGCCAUCUAGGCUGUUCGAAGAUAUUGAGAUUGGCAUUCACAGUGCGGCUUUAGGCAUCCGUCCUUCGGAUGUCGUUGUUGCGAUCUUGGCAUUCGACGAAUGUCCAUCGUGUAGAACGUUUCCAGGGUUCAUUUCAUACGUUCUGGCCGGUCUGAAGACCGAGCACGAUGCGUCUUUCCAGCCGCUGUCUUCCCUUUUCCAGGCUGAACUUGCCCGUGGUAUGCUAUCAUGCAAUGCACUAGAAGACCAAUUACAAUAUCAACUAUCACCGCCCCCAUAUUUCCGACCGUUGAUUGGUGCUUCUCCCGAAUAUUGUGUACUGGGCUGUAGUAGGUUUGUUUCCAUCUUUUUUCCAUGCCAAGCCUAUGCUGCUAUUUUUCGCCCUCGUGUUAGGUAUAGAUGAUAUUCUUGUCUUGCGAGCAGGGUUCAUUUCAAUGCAGAGGCCUAACUACACGUCCUUCUUCAACGUGGUGGCAUCCGCAUCUUUACACGCCCUGCUGCCAAGUCUGAAGCUAUCCUCUUGUCCACCGAUUGCAACAAGCUUCUCUUAUUCCUGUAGGUAUAUUUCUCUCUCACAGCUUCCGAGUUCCGGACGUGGGGAUUGCAUCUGAAGGUUCGAAAUCGCGUCGACGUCUCCGCUUUGCUUGGCCAAACAAUCUAUCAGCAUCGUGUUUCGAUGUAUGUUUGGUCACUUCUGCCCGCGUGGAAUCAAAGAGUGUAUUCCUUGAUUUUCAUUCUUGUUCAGCAAACCGACGGGAUAUUUUGUUUAACCAGAGGAACCAAGCCGCAAACUCAAGCUCAGGGCCCGAGUGUCGCUAAUCAGCGAUGUAGAAGCCAGUUUGUAAAUCAAGGCUGUUAUCUUCUGUCAAUCGACCAUCGACAUUGCUGCCAUGCC